AUGGCUGAAGUUCGAGACAUCGUCAUCAACCCGCCAUCUUCGAACCCUUAUGACAAGCUUAAGGAGCAGCUUAUAAAACGGCUGUCUGAGUCACAGCAACAGCGCUUACGUCAGCUACUGACAACAGAAGAAUUGGGAGAUCGUACUCCAACGCAGUUUUUACGUCGCUUGUACCAGCUUCUCGGCGACGAAUCAUCCGCCUUGGACGAAUCGAUUUUAAAGGAGCUUUUCCUGCAACGGCUUCCCCAGACCGUAAGGAUGAUCCUCUCUGCCUCCGCCUCCGUACCGCUCCGAGAACUGUCCGAAUUGGUGGACAGGAUCAUGGAAGCCACUCCUUCCUUCGUCAAUCAUAUUCCAACUACUCCUACCCACAGCCCAACACCUCCACCUACGCUAGUAGACCCAUACUCUGAGUGCGCGCUCCGAGAAGAAGUCCAACGCCUUCGUUCUCUCGUUCAGAGCCUAACCAUCACCUCAGAGCCUCGUCAACCCACCCCUACAGUUUCUACCUCCCAACUUCAAGACGAAAUUGAAUUUCGGAGAGCCCAGGUCUCCGCUAUCUCACGGCGGCCUCCAUCUACCGGCCACCGCCUGUUCCACCCUAGCCGCCCGCGUUCCCCAUCACCACGCUACCGCUUCCCAUCCCGGCGCCGCCCCCAGUUCCAACUGUGCUGGUAUCACGCACGUUUUGGCAAAGCUACAAACAAGUGCGAAGAGCCCUGCGUUUUCCAGGGAAACGCAGGCACGGACAACGAGAGGCGACCGCCAUUGUUGGACAAGCCCCAGGUCGCCUGUUUUUAA